GAGCUCAACAGUGAAAUAAAUCUAAAGAAAUGCGCGAGCCUGUGCCCGUGCCCGCCCCUCAGCCCCGAGAUUCAAAAUCCCCACGCCCGAGCCCGCUUCCUGCCCUCGAGAUUCUUGGCUUGAACAAGCGUUCGAUUCCGUGAAUUGCUCGCUCGUCCGAAUCAGAAGCAAGAGCAAAAGCUCUUGUCCGAGUCGAGGUGCAAGGCCGUCGUUGCUUGCUGGUUUGCUUGCUUGCUCGUUGCCUGAGAGUGAGUGCGAAGGGCGCCGUCACAGAGACCACGAAACGUGCAAGCCGGAUCAGGAGCUCUCGCGUAGGGACGGCGUGGCUUGCGUCUGAUCAGCUCGGUGCGGUCUUGCGGUGGAGCUACUUGUCGAUUACUAUGAGCAAAGAGCAGCAGUCGUCAGGAACCCCGGACCUUUUGCGAAGAUCGAGUUCUCGAGCGAUGACGGGCUCCAGUAAGAUUUCGGACCCUUUGCUGCCGACAUCGAGCGCCCAAGAAAGCGAUCCUUUGCUUCAGCGCGGUGGUGCCAGGGCUGGCAAUGGGUCCGAGGUCGUCGUUGCAGACAAGAACAACCCUUGGGCGAAUCUCGUAAACGGGCUGUACAGUGGAGCGUCGAAUUUGACCAACCUCUUGCCCACCGGGACAUUUCUGGCAUUUACGGCCAUCGCUCCCAUCAUUACCGACAAUGGGACUUGCGACGAUGCUUUCGAAUUGAACCUCACCAUUGUCACGAUAGUGUUCUUUGCGCUCUUCUGCGUUUUCUCGUGCUUCACUGACAGUUAUCAAGCAGCAGAUGGCCAGGUUUAUUAUGGGAUUGUGACGCUCAAGGGGUUGUGGACUCCGCAGCUGCCUGUGGUCUUGCAUCCUGGAGAUAAAGAGCAGUACAAGCUGACUUUCAUCGACGUCGUUCAUGCUGUUCUCUCACUGGCGGUGUUCGCUGCCUGCUCGCUCAUGACACCGAACAUUCGGGCAUGUCUCUACCCAAAACUUCAAGAAAAUGUGGUACGAAUUGUCCCAGCAUUCGUGGGAUUUUUCGUCAGCGCCGUGUUUGUUGCUCUUCCUACUACAAGACACGGAAUAGGAUUUCCUGUGUCUCCUGCCUCCUUCUCUUUCGCCAGCCGGGAUGCAGCAGCCCAACUUCGACGAGAGCUUCAAGCUGCGGAUUCAACAAAUGGGGGUACAGGGACAAGCUCCACAAGCCUAGGGCCCAAGAAAGAGUAGCCGUGAAAUCAUGCGACAAAUCCAUCUGUACAAACCUUCGAGUUUCUUGAAUUCGAGGAUGCUUCACCCGGAGCGCUUAUUUCGUCUUGGGUAGCAUACUCCCGUCGUUCGAUCCGAAAGACGAUCAGCCGACAGCGAUGAGGGCACAAAUUUGUCAAAAAUCGUUAAUGUUGUAUAUUCUACUCUGUUCUAUUUGAUUAUCUGUAGACCUCGUGAUACGAUGCGGGUGAGUGACGAAUACUCUGAUGGUGCAUUGGCAUGUGUUUCUCAAGAGCGAGACGCAAUCUCUAUAUCUUCCCAUGGUGAAGAAGCACAUGAAAUUUGAUCAGAGGCUAGAUAGUUGUGAUAGGUGUGUAGAGCUGUACAUUCGUUUAGAGGUAGACUGCUAACAUGUAAGAUAGUUGUCUCUGCGUGCCAUCGCCAUAUUCCACCGAGAUGGACAGCGUGUAUAGAACUCCAGUUCCCAUUUCUUUCCGAUAAAUGGCUCUGACGGGCAGCUGCUUCUUGUGGGCACAACUUAGUCUGCUGUAGUGCGAGACUGCUUAGCUGGAGUAACUUUGUCGAUGACCAGCUUGUCAUCCAUUCAUAUGUUAGAGUUGCGAACAGCAGUGAACUUCCAGGCAUCGUUGCCUUUGAGAUUUUUCAAUCCACGAGAAUUCUCAGUUCAGCUGGAACUCCUGUCUAUACUUGAACUUCCGAAUCGACAAACGAUAUAUGACAUGAAAAUUUUGCAUUAUGGUUUAUGAAUGGCAAUCAUCAAAAAGUGUAAUUUGUCAUUGU